GCAACUGGUCUGGUCGUAAUGCUGAUUGCCAGAAAAUGACUAGUACUGGUGUGUUUCAUUUGGAUAUGCCGGAAGCUCCAAGUUAUGACGACAGUGAAGAAAAUUCUCACGAUUAUUGCUCUACAAAUGGAGGGGUAGAGGAUGAGUUUCUUGAACGUGGCCCACUUAAACCAGAUGAACUCGAUGAAGACAUUAAAACGGUUGAAAUUUGCGAAGAGACAGUGAAUCCUGGUCAACCUAAAGUCCGGCCACACGACUUUCAACUUCUGAAGGUCCUUGGGAAAGGUGGUUAUGGAAAAGUUUUCCUUGCACGCAAAAAUGAUACUGGUCAAACCUAUGCGAUGAAAGUUUUAAAGAAAGCCUCGAUUGUGACGAACGCCAAGGAUACUGCACACACUAAAAGCGAGAGAAAUAUACUCGAAAUGAUUAAACAUCCAUUCCUAGUUCAAUUGCAUUUUGCUUUCCAAUCCCCUGGAAAGCUUUACCUAGUCUUGGAAUUUCUAGCUGGAGGUGAGCUGUUCAUGCAACUUGAGAAAGAGGGAGUGUUUAUGGAAGAUCAAGCCAGGGCUCCCGAAAUAUUGUUACGUCAAGGACACGGGAGAGCCGUUGAUUGGUGGAGUCUUGGCACGCUUAUGUAUGAUAUGCUUUCGGGAUCUCCUCCAUUUACAGGCGAUGAUAGAAGACAAACUAUUGACUUGAUAUUACGAGGUGAUUUCAUACCUGUACCUUAUUUAAGUCGGGAAGCCGUAUCACUUAUUUCCAAGCUUUUAGUUGUUGAUGUCAGUAGACGCCUUGGUUCUGGUCCAUCCGAUUCCGAGGCGAUCAAGAUGCACCCAUUCUUUCGUAAUACUGAUUGGGAUCGUGUUCUGAAAAAGCAGGUUGAACCACCCUUCCGACCAACUUUAACAUCUGACACGGAUGUUUCUCUUUUCGAUCCCAAAUUCACUCAAGAAAAUCCCGUCGAAAGUCCGGAUGAAGGCUUGCCAAUAUCUGCAAUGGUUUCUGAUGUUUUUGAAGGAUUUACUUAUGUCGACCCCCAAAUCCAUAUUGACAUGGCUCGUGAUCCAUGGGUAUCUACUUGGCAAACCAGUUCACGCUCGCGUCGAAGGUCUGGGAUUUCAUCCAGCAGUUCUCCAGGCUUCGUUGGACAUACAAUCAUGGCAAAUCCUAAUACACUUAUGCAAGGAACUGAUAUUCUACAUGUUGGAACCCCUCACCCCGAGCAGUUGCAGUCUACGUUGGUUGCACAUCUUCCAAAUACUGUUCAAACUUCUAUCCCGACUCAAUCACAGCCGUUUGUUUUUGCUGAAGAUUUCGAGGAUAUGGACGUCGCCAGUACUAAUUUAACCUACAGCAACAACCCACUUGAUAGCCAUCCAACUGUCAUAAACACUGUCAAUAUAUCCACCAGUAAUUCUGUAAGACCUACGUAUGCUUUACCUCUUGGUUCCCAUCGCUUAGAAAAUAGUCGAGUGAUGGAAACUGGUAUUUGUGAUCCAUAUUCAUCGCGCUCGGGCGAACAUGUUAAUGGAGUAAUUCCAAAACCAAUUGACACACGUCUAGUAAGCCCAUCAAGUUCUGCUGCCGCACAGGUAUCAGCACUUGCUGCAGCAGCGCUUGCUACUUCAUCCCGUUUGGUUGGUUCUUCUGUACACAUACCUUCAAUUGCGUCUCAUAACUCUCCCAAUCGACCUUUCAUGAAUGAGCAUAUGAUGUUUGAUCCUCAAAAUAUCAGACUUAUGAAUUUGGGAAAAUCACAACCACAAACUCCAUUGGCUGCAGUAGAAAGUUUGCAUGUUCAGAGGAAAUAGUUUCUGUUCGUUGAAAGAAAAAUAAUGAAGCUGUUCAAUUUUUUCUGUGUUUCUCAGGCUUCAUAAUUUCAUUUGUAUGAACUAAGUGGAUUGGUAUGUAUUAUGAACACGUAGUUUUAUUUCAUGAGUGUUAGAAUUUUAAUGCGAAUUUUGUCAUUUUCCCUUUUCUGAUAUGCGUAUUUUGUAUGCAACUGAUAUAUUUUUUGUUGUGUGCUAUUUUCAUCCCAAACAAGCUCAUCUGUGAGUUUCUUCAUGUACAAUACCUUACAAGUACUGUUCACAAGAUUCUGUUUUUGAUUCCUACCCAGGAAUAUUAUAUAUAUAGGAAUUGUAUUAUGACGUUUUUGUUAACAAUGUAUUUUUUCCCAUUUCAAUAUCUGAUCUUUUCUUGAAGCAUCAUUUUUAAUCAAAUCUUGAAUAAAAAGUUUUUGGUUACAAACACGUAAAUAGUAUUCCCGGACGCAAUGCUUUACAUGGAUACACAAUUUACGUAUACUAUCUGAUAAAUUCAUUGUUAUUUUGAUCCAAUGGAUGUCUUCAUCUAGCCAACCAUAGUACAUUCAUAUUUUUACUUUCUUAUUUAUGACACUCGGUGAACUGAGUGAUUUCCUAACUAUCAGAUGUACCAAACUCUUUAUUUAGAUAUUUCUAUAUAUCUUAUUUCACUUAGAAACUGUCAAAUCGUUGGCUAAUUACCAUUUGUAACUUGAGCAGUGUUUGCAUGUUAGUGUACAUUUAUAUGAGUAUUUUAUGCGUUUUUCCUCCGCGUUGUUUUCAUUUUUGCAAUUAUUUAAUUUAUCCAUUAGUCAAACCAACAAAUGAUCAGUUAUUUGAUUUUUACGAUCAUGUAUUUAUUCAUAUGUUGGUGAUUAUCUUUUUCUCUAUCGACUCAUUAUGCAUUCCUACCUCGAUAGUUAUUUUCUCUUCUAUAAGUUUUCUUGCCAUGGUAAUUAUCUUAGUUCUUAAAAGUGUUUUACACAUCUGUAUGGAAAAUGCGAUAUUUUCGAAGCACCAUAUGUGCCUCCUUUUUUAAUUUUUGUUAUCCUGUUAAACGUCGAUUCCUUACCGGGCUGAUGCUGUGUGGUUUGACUAUAUCGUUAGCCCACCAGCUUAUUCUUUGUCAUUGUUUCUGUAAUCGAAGGGUAUUUGACUUGCUACCUUUAACUUCACAGGGCUUCCUGGUAUAUUAUGAGAAUUGAUUAAUGCUUUACUAUUUAUAUCAUUUUUUCUCUAGCUAAAAUGCUUCGAGUCUUGCAUUACUUAUCACUUCGUUGACGCUGUUUUGAUAUUUUUAUUUAUGUUGAUAUGAUAUUGUUAUCGUUCAGCCCUUUGAGUGUAAAAAAUGAACCUUCUUGUUGCCUAAAAUGAGUUAUUGUGUAAAUCGAAAAAUGGUAUUCUUUCAAUCUUUUAAUUUUUAAAAUCCCAAUUUGCUUUCAUAUGAUAUUUCACUCUCUUCCUACAAAGAUUUCUUGUAACUCUGCCGUAACUGCCUUUCAACGGUGAUUCAAAUAAAAAUACGUACUUUUUCAUAGAUAUUUUUUUGAUUAUUUUUUUUGUUACUGUUAUGUGUGACGUAGUUGCAUGUGCGUUUAGUAAUCGAAGUUUACAGGUUGACUCUGUCCUUAGUAAAAUCAAGGUUUAGGUAUACUUCUAGCAGCGUUUUUACAUAUCCAGUUAAUUAUGUAAGCGAAAUAGUCUGUAGCAAGCAGAUCGGUCGCCUAGUUGUAUUCACUAAUUUUAUCGUUAGUAUUUGAAUAGGAAUGAUUUGUCAAUCAAAGGAAUGAGUAGACUAGAUGAAUUAAUAUUUACUACCCCCUGUAUUAGUAGCUGGCUGUUGUGUAUUUCUCAGGAAGUUUUCUUAAAAUAGUAAUCCUAAAGAUUGGCUUUAAGUUAUAGGGUAGC